CAUACGCAGAUCGGAUAUGUCUGCUGUGACGUGAAUCAAGUAUCUUAUGGAUAAACUGUUUUUUAAAAGAUACGUGCAUUUAAUAUUAUAAAGCGUUACGUCGACUAAAGUUAACGCCAUGCUGAGGCAAGUAUGGCAGGAGCUACAAUGUGUUACAUCUCGGGGGUAUACUUGGUGGCCUUGGUCGUGUUUUUAGCAGUGUUCUUUGUGUUACACAUAUUAAAAAAAAGAAAAUUCUGUAACAUUCCUCCUGGUCCGAAACCCUGGCCUCUGAUAGGCAAUUUUGGACAGUUUCUUGUCCCAAGUUUUGUUUUGAAAAGGUGUGUAGGUCAAAAACGAGAGCAUAGGAAAUCCGUUUCUGCAUCCCCACAGGUUUUUCUAAUGGACCUGUCAAAACGGUAUGGCAAUAUCUACAGCCUUUUUAUUGGUAGUCAACUGAUAGUUAUACUGACAGGCUACGAGAUCGUCAGGGACGCCCUCUCAAAUCGAGCAGACGUGUUUUCGGACCGACCUAAUGUUCCUGUCGUAACUAUAAUGACUAAGCGGAAAGGUAUAGUGUUUGCCCCCUAUGGUCCCGUGUGGAGACAGCAGCGGAAGUUCUGCCACAUGACAUUACGGAGUUUUGGGCUGGGCCGGUUGAGCCUGGAGCCCCGCAUCUUGGAGGAGCUGGCAGUCGUCAAGAAUGAGCUGCUCAGAAUGUACACAGACGGAGAGGGGACGGCUGUGGACUUAGCACCGCUCGUCAGCAACGCGGUGUCUAAUGUGAUCUCUUCCAUUACCCUCGGUCAGCGCUUCCACCAUGGCGAUCGCCAGUUCCGCACGCUGCUGGACCUCAUGGCCAGGGGCCUGGAGCUCUGUGUCAACAGCCCAGCCAUCCUCAUCAACGUCUUCCCCUGGCUCUACCACCUGCCCUUCGGGGCCUUCAAGGAAAUCCGGCAGGUGGAGAAGGACAUCACAGUCUUCCUGAAGGAAAUCAUCGGCCAGCACAGGUCCAGUUUGGACCCGGACAGCCCCCGUGACCUUAUUGACAUGUACCUGGUGGAGACGGCCCAGCAGCAGGAGAGUAUGGGAGCUGGGGAAACCAGCUUCUCGGAAGAUUAUCUCUUCUACAUCAUUGGUGAUCUCUUCAUUGCCGGAACUGAUACCACCACCAAUACUGUGCUCUGGAUGCUGCUGUACAUGACUGUGUACCCAGACAUUCAAGAGAAGGUUCAGGCAGAGAUUGAUUCGGUUGUGGGGUCAGACAGGGUCCCCUCACUGACAGACAAGGCCAGCUGUCCUUUCACUGAAGCCACUAUUAUGGAGGUCCAGAGGAUGACUACAGUCGUCCCCCUGGCGAUACCUCACAUGGCCUCAGAGACCACAGAGUUUCGAGGAUACACCAUACCAAAGGGAACAGUGAUUAUCCCAAACCUCUGGUCUGUCCACCGAGAUCCAAAUGUGUGGGAAAACCCAGAUGACUUCAGUCCAGCCAGGUUCCUGGAUAAAAAUGGACAAAUUUUGAGAAAAGAAUAUUUCAUUCCAUUUGGAAUAGGCCGCAGGUUAUGCAUGGGCGAGCAGCUAGCUAAGAUGGAGCUCUUCCUGAUGUUCUCAAACCUGAUGCAGGCAUUCACCUUCAGGCUCCCAGACGGGCUGCCACCUCCCUCCAUGGAAGGCCGAUUUGGUCUCACACUGUCCCCACGCCCUUUCACUGUCCACGUGACUCCACGUCACAGAGACCUUCUGACGUCUGUUAGUUGUUCUACAGCCGAUGGUUGUUCUGUUAGUUAUUCUAUGGCCAAUGGUUAUUCUGGUAGUUAUUCUACAGGCGGUUCUUCAGGGUGAGUUCUGUUAGCAGAACGAGAGGGCACAAAUGGGAAUUGGCAAAGGAUAAAUGCUGUGCAGAUAUUAGGAAGUCUUUUUUCACACAGAGUGGUCACUGGGUGGAAUAGCUUGCCAGGACAUGUAGUGGAGGCAGAAACACUUGUGUGUUUUCAAGACCAGGCUUGAAACGGUGCUAGAUACCAUUCAGCUUUUAGGCAAAGUAAGCAGUCGGUACACUUAGUGGUAGCAAAAGGCAAGCAUUGCUGUAAUCAUUUAUUAUUAUUAUUAUUAUUAUUAUUAUUAUUAUUAUUAUUAUUUAUUAUUUAUUAUUACAUGGAUCCAGUUGCCACAAACUUGAAAUCAAUCAACAUUGCACUUGCACCUUAGCCUUGGAUAAAAAUAUUUUUCCUACUUUGAACUGCACAAAUUUAGCAAAACUUGAUAUUUUUCAACUACUUCAUCUGUGACUGCUGUGAAUUUUGACCUGCACCAUAUAUUAUAUAUUAUAUAUAUCAUAUAUUUAUGAUGGAUAUUAUUUUCACAUUUUGUUUUCAAAUAAGCUUGUAAGAACCUUUCUGGGCUGGUCCGUGAAUACUGAUGGCUUUCCAUUUGAAUUAAGGAAAAAUGGGUAAGUGAUAUAAUGGAAAUUGGACCAAACUGGGUAACUGUGUAUAAAUCUGGAAGUUAUGGAGUGAAAGCAGGCAUUCAGGAUUCAGGAAUACAUCAUAUUGACAAGUGGUAUGAGUAUUUGCCCUGUCAGUUUAACUUUCUCCAGACAUUCUGGUCAGAAAUGUUCAGAUAGACAAUAAGACUGAGAGUCCACGACUCCGUUUAGUGUGGUAUUCUUGCACUUUAAAGGUGUGUAUUUGAUAUACAGUGGCCUUCAGUUUUUGAUAAUUGUAUUGUGUCGUAGAUUUAGUUUCAAAUUGAUAAAUGAAUUAUUGAUAAAUUUUUUCCCAUCAAUCGGUACUCGACCUAUAAUGACAAAGUAAAAUAUGUUUUUAGACAUUUUUGCAAAUGUAUUAAAAAUUUUAAACUGAAAUCUCUCAUUUAUAUACUGUAAGUAUUCAGACCCUUAAUUCAGUACUUUGUAGAAGCCCCUUUGGCAGCAAUUACAGCUUUGAGUUUUCUUGGGGAGGUCCCUACAAGCUUUGCGCACCUGGAUUUGGAAAGUUUAUCCCAUUUUCUCUUGCAGAUCCUCUCAAACUCUUGUCGGAUUGGAUGGGAAGUGUCUGUGAACUGCCAUCUUCAGGUCUCGUCACAGAUGUUCUUUGGGUUUUAAAUCUGGGCUUUGGCUGGGACAUUCCAGGACAAUCGGAGACAUUCAAAGCCACUCCAGCGUUGUCUUUGCUCUGUUUCGGGUCAUUGUUGUGCUGAAAAGUGAACCAUCGCUCCAGUCUGAGGUUGUGUUGAUCUCUGGAGCAGGUAUUCUUCAAGAACCUCUUUCACCCACUAAAUUCUGACCAGUCUCCCUGUCCCAUGAAAGCAUGCUUAGUUUUAUUUUGAACUGUUGCUUUGAAAAUGUACUCAGGGAAAUUUGACAUUGUUAUCAGUUAAGAUGGACAAUAGUAGUUGAUUUUGAUAUGAUUUUGUUUCCUACUGUAUUUUAGUAUAUUUUGGCUUUAUUUUAUACUUACUAUACUAUUAAGUUGAGCCAGGUUUGCUGUUGAAUGAAAAAGUAAUGAAGCCUGCUUUUUAUUACUUCAGGCAGUAGUGUUUAAUAAAAAUCAACUAUUUAUAAACA